AUGGCCGAUCAAUUAACCGAAGAGCAAAUCGCUGAUAGAGCUGUUAAUAAAAAUUCGAACGAAUUUUCAGAAUUUAAAGAAGCGUUUUCUCUAUUCGAUAAAGAUGGUGAUGGUACAAUUACAACAAAAGAACUUGGUACGGUUAUGCGGUCACUUGGACAAAACCCAACUGAAGCUGAAUUACAGGAUAUGAUAAACGAGGUCGACGCAGAUGGUAAUGGAACUAUCGAUUUCCCUGAAUUUCUCACAAUGAUGGCGCGUAAAAUGAAGGAUACGGAUAGUGAAGAAGAAAUUCGAGAAGCUUUUCGGGUUUUCGAUAAAGAUGGAAAUGGUUUUAUUUCGGCAGCUGAGCUUCGCCAUGUUAUGACAAAUCUUGGUGAAAAACUAACAGAUGAAGAAGUCGACGAAAUGAUAAGGGAAGCUGAUAUCGAUGGAGAUGGUCAGGUCAACUAUGAAGAAUUUGUCACAAUGAUGACUACAAAAUAA